CCCAUAAUUGUAAGUUCCGGAAUUGCAAUAAUUUGUCGAUUUCGAAAGGAACCACCAGUGUAGCGCUAUUGAAUGGCACCGGCAAGUCUGAGGCUUGUGGCUUUUGGGUGUGCUGACAUUUCUAGGACAUUACAAGCGUUUGGCCUUUAAGAGUAAACAAGUACAGAGGCUAGCGCCUGCUAUAGAAUUUACAGUUUGGCCAGAGUGAUGACCUUACGAGGAGCCAGUUCUUUUCUAAGGCAAAACUUCAAAUUUUGGUCCGAAAUGUAUAAAUCAGAUGACCACUUGUUUUUUCCAAAAGAUCUUAACUUCAUUUCUCUAUUGAAAUCGUGCAAACAGAUCUCUCAAGUCUCUCAAGUCCAUGGCUUUAUGGUCAAGAGUGGUCUUGAUCACGACCCUUUUACUUUGAGCAAGCUUCUUGCAUCUUCCAUUCAAGAUAUUGAAUAUGCUGCCUCCAUUUUCAACAGUAUACAAAACCCAAAUCUGUUCAUGUUCAAUACAAUGCUCAGAGGCUAUUCUGCCAGUGAUGUCCCAGAACAGGCUUUUGUUGUUUUCAAUAACUUAAGGGCUCAAGGAAUUGUGCUAGACCAAUUCUCUUUCAUCACAACUCUCAAAGCUUGUGCUGUCCAAUCCAACAUCUGGACUGGCCAAGUGGUUCAUGGGAUUGCUUUGAAGUCAGGUUAUAGGUUGUUUAUCAAUGUGAAGAAUUCCCUUCUGCAUCUAUACUGUAUCUGUGGGAGAAUUUUAGAUGCACAUGUGUUGUUUGAUGAAUUUCCCCAACAAAAUGACUUGGUUUCAUAUAACACUUUAAUGGGCGGCUACCUUCACAUUUCUCAGCCAAUUGUUAUUGUAGAACUUUUCAGGAAACUUUGUAGCAGUGGUUUGAAAGCCAGUAUUACCACAGUGUUGAGUGUUCUAUCUGCAGCUGGUGAUUUGGGAAAUUAUCUUGGAGGAGAGUCUCUUCAUGGGUAUUGCAUCAAACUGGGAUUUUGUUCUGAUUUGCAUGUGGUUACUGCUUUGACCGAUAUGUAUGCAAAAACUGAUCAUAUUGAUUUAGCACAUAGAAUUUUCAAUGAAGUUACUUUAAAGGAUGUUGUUUUAUGGAAUUGUUUAAUAGAUAAGCAUGCAAAAAGUGGCCUGUUAGAAGAAGCAUUAGCUCUAUUAAAACAUUUGGAACUUGAAGGAUUGAAAGCCAAUUCAUCUACAUUGGCAGGAUUACUUUCAACCUGCGCUUCUUCAGGAGCUGUAAGUAUGGGACGAUGUAUCAAUAAUUAUGUGGAAGAGGAGGGACUGGUGUUGGAUGUAGUUCUUGGAACAGCUCUGGUAGACAUGUAUGCUAAAUGUGGGUUUUUAGGAAAGGCUACUGACAUUUUCGAGAGGAUGCAAGGCAAAGAUGUGAAAUCAUGGACAGCAAUGAUAUCAGGUUAUGGAAAUCAUGGGCAAGCAGAAAAUGCUAUUAGGCUAUUCUGUAGAAUGGAGGACGAGGGGUACAAACCCAAUGAAAUCACUUUCUUGGCAAUUUUAAGUGCUUGUAGUCAUGGAGGGCUGGUGACAGAGGGAAUGAGAUAUUUUGAAAUUAUGGUUUCCAAGUAUGGUUUUUUGCCCAAGAUUGAACAUUAUGGAUGUAUAAUUGAUCUUUUGGGUCGUGCAGGAUUGUUGGAGGAAGCAUAUAAACUUUUAAAAAGCUUGCCUGUUAAGGGAGAUGCCACUGCUUGGCGUGCAUUGCUUGCAGCUUGCAGGGUCUUUGGGUAUGUUGAAUUGGGGGAAUGUGUAGAGAGAGUUUUAAUUGACCUAAAUGAUGAACAUCCCACCAAUUCAAUUCUUCUCUCAAGUGCCUAUGCCGUUGCUGGAAGGUUGCCAGAACGUUCAAUAAUGCAGGAAAUAAAAGAAGAAGAACGGCUAAUGAAAGAUAUGAAAUUCUCAUUCAGAUAUAAAGACAAAAUAGCAAAGGAAGUUGGAUGUAGCACUAUUGAGAUGGAUUUCUAUCUAUACAAUCAGCAAUAAGGUAACUACUGCAAGUAGAGAAACAAAUCAAGAUGUGACCAGAUGUUGUUGGAAUUAUUGAUAGUUGAGGGAGAUGUCUGAAAGACUGCCAGAAUGGCAUACUAUCAGCAAUGCAGGCUCAAUUGCAGGAUGUGUCACAAAUUUUCCAAACCAGCAAGCCAGUGAGACCAAUUUUCAUAAACACUAGAACUCCUGAAACAGUGUCCAAUGGCAGUUCCAUUAAUCAAAAACCCAAUGAAACUAAGACAAACCAGACUGGGGUAAUACAACCUGGUGUUUAUUUAACUUUUUCCACAUUACCAGGUGGUGGUAAUGAACUCGAAUGUGCUCGCUUCAGCUGAAGACAUUUCACAGAGAACAAGCGGAGAUAUGGUGACGGGCCGAAGUAUGCGAACAGCUCAAUGUAUUAGCUGGAGAGUAACAUGCUGUUAGCUUUCUGAUUACCCAGGGAAAAAUACCAGAACAAAAUGAAAAAUGCAUGCCAUAAUAUUUCCCAUGAACCUCUUACUCUGGAAAUUGUGUUCGCUUUUUUCUCCCUUGAACCAUUCAGGUGGGUCUAUCUUAUGUCUUUAGUAGUUCUUUUUUCUUUUUUCUUUUUUUCUCUUUUUUAUUUUUUAUUUUUUUUUUGGUUAACUACAAAAUUUAUGUCAACUUAAAUUUAAUCUUUAAUUUUUAAAUAUAUAUGUAUAUGUGUGUGUGUAUCUAUAUAUACAGUCCGUCUAUGGUACGGAUGGUCCUCAUGCGAAGCACAAUAUUGGUGAUAGUUUUCAUAGUAUUAGUGACGAUUUUUUAAGAAACCAUCGUUAAUACUAUAAAAAAUCGUCAUUAAUACUGCGAUCCUCAUGCGGACCGUCCUCAUCAUAGAAUUUCCAUCUAUGUAUAUAUAUAUAUAUAUAACAUUGAUAAUAUAAAUAAAGUAAUGGAAGUCAUUGAUGUAUUGA